CGUAAACAAAUGAAAACGCAGUUUUUCCUAAUUUUUCGUUAAAAAAAACCUUGCAAAAUAUACAGUAUUGUAGAUGUGCAUACGUUCCACUCCUACCGAAGUGUGUUCCUAUCGAACACCUUGUUCAACGGCAGUGAAUAUUAGCUGUUUAAUAUUGAUUUAAACAAAUCUAAUUCCUCGUUUCGUGUGAUUGGAAGGAGGAGGAAGAAGAACAACCAUUUUCACUGAAGUGCAGUUUCCCAUUAUUUGCCAGAUAUAGGGCGAACUCCCCAUCUAGAGCAGAUGUUGUUAUUGGAUGCAACUGGCCCCGUUAUUGGUGCUGGUGGUGCAUAAGGCGUUACACACUGUGUGUGUCUCUCUCAAGCGGAAUUUUUUUUUCGCAUUAGAGCUUGGACCGGUCUCCGACCGUCGCUUGUGGAUUGAAUAACAUCAGCAAAAAAGAGGCGGAAGGAGUGCUAGUUAUCCGACCCGAACGCAAUUAUGUUGACGCAUAAAAACAAUCAAGGUGGUCGGAAGAAGAUGCAGGUAUCGUUCGUAAUUCGCGAUGCAGAAGAGAAACGACACCGCAACGGAGUCAAUGCCCUCCAGCUGGACCCGCUGAACGGUCGGCUUUAUUCUGCCGGUCGUGACGCCAUCAUUCGAGUGUGGAAUUCAACACAAACCUCUACCCAGGAACCGUACAUUCAAAGUAUGGAACAUCACAACGAUUGGGUGAACGACAUUGUUCUGUGUUGUGGCGGAAGGAAUUUGAUCAGUGCCAGUUGUGACACCACGGUCAAAGUAUGGAACGCUCACAAAGGAUUUUGUAUGUCGACGCUCCGAACGCAUCGGGAUUACGUACAGGCACUAGCUUACGCCAAGGAUCGCGAGCAGGUGGCUAGUGCCGGACUGGACAAGGCGAUAUUCUUGUGGGACGUCAAUACUCUAACAGCACUGACGGCUUCUAAUAAUACUGUUACGACAUCGAGCAUUACGGGAUCGAAAGAUUCGAUCUACAGCCUGGCGAUGAAUCCUUCCGGGACGAUUAUUGUUAGUGGUUCUACCGAGAAUACGCUUCGCAUUUGGGACCCCCGAACGUGUAACAAAAUUGCCAAACUGAAAGGCCACACGGAAAAUGUGAAGGCUCUGGUAGUUUCCGAAGAUGGUACGCAGGUCGUAUCCGGUAGCUCUGAUGGGAAGAUAAAACUGUGGAGCAUCGGCCAGCAGCGCUGCAUUCAGACAAUCAGUGUUCACUCGGAAGGUGUUUGGGCUCUGCUCAUGACGGACAACUUUUCGCAUGUGAUCUCCGGUAGCAGGGAUAAAAAAAUCAUUAUGACCGAAUUGCGCAAUCUAUCGAAUAGCGUACUGAUUUGUGAGGAACAGGCACCGGUACUGAGUUUGUGCUACAACAUCGAUCAAACCGGUGUGUGGGCUACGACCUGGAAUAGCGACGUCCGUUGCUGGAAACUGAACAAGACAGAUAAAUUAAGUAACUACAACUACAGCAGCAACAGUAGCAUCAACAGUAACAGUGGACCAGUUGUCGUGGAUGGAAGUGCAACGGCGAAUUCUACGGCCGCCGUCGGUUCAACAAAUGCUGCUAGUGCUAGCGGAGGAACUCAGGGUAUGGGUUAUGAAGUGGCUUGCAUUAAAGGGGGAGCAGCGAUUAAGAAGUAUCAUGUGUUAAACGAUAAGAGGUUUAUGCUGACGAAAGACAGCGAACAGAAUGUAGCAAUAUAUGACGUGCUGAAGGUGAAAAAAGUGGAAGAUUUAGACAAAGUGGACUACGAAGAGGAAAUCAAGAAACGCAGUCAGAGGGUUUACGUUCCAAAUUGGUUUACGGUGGAUUUAAAAACAGGGAUGCCUACAAUCGUUCUGGGUCAGGAUGAGGUGGAUUGUUUUGCGGCUUGGGUGUCGGCAGAGGCUGGUCUUUCCGAGCAUGCUGAGUCGGGCACGGAUCCAAAAGUGAACUACGGAAGCCUUUUGCUGCAAGCCUUGCUAGAAUAUUGGAAGCCUCCUCCACCACAUCAUCACCUACAGGGCGGUCCGGAUAUGGAGAACGGUUGCGAUGGAGACAUUCGUGGGAAUGAAUAUUUCACUGUACCGAAACAUACUCCGAUUAUAUUCAGUGAAGUUGGCGGCCGAAACGUUUGUCGGCUGCUGGUGAAGGAUGCUGCUGGGGAAACGGAAAGCUCCCUACUCAGCGAAACUGUUCCGUCCUGGGUGACGAACGUUGUGAUCGAACGUACGAUUCCCAAGUUUAUCAAGCUUCCCUUCUACCUGUUGGCGCACCCUUCCAUGCUGAAGCAGGAUCGCAGCAAAAAGCUUGAUCUAAUCAACCAGGAACGGCUGAUCGCCAACGAGUUCAUCCAGUGUCGGAAAGUGUGCGAGCACGUGCUGGAAAAGGUACUCGGUACCGAGCUUCCGCCCAGUACCGGAAACUCCAACUCGUCUCAGAACAACAGCCAAAGUGAUGCCAACUCCGAGGGUAGCCAGGUACCGGCCGAAGAGCGGAUUGAACUACUGUGCAAUGAUGUGGUGUGCGAUCCCAACAUGGACCUCCGGACAGUGCGACAUUUUAUCUGGAAACAGUCGUCGGACUUGACUUUUCAUUAUCGAACCAAGUCAAACUAGAUUUACUAUUGAAGCAAACAAACAAACAAAAAACCGUUGUGCUCGGAUAUCCUUGAAACAUACAGCAUGUUACGUCUUGAUUUCCAGCCGUUUGCUUGUUUGUAUACUGGAAGUGGGUCUUUGCUCAUGACUCUUAGAGCUUGUCUUAGAAUCAUGAUCAAUUUUGCCAAGCAUGUCAGCAUGAUGAAUGAAUGAAUGAAUGAGAACACACUGCUUAAGAGUUAUAGUUUCUAGUUAGGAUAUAGAAAUGUUAUUAUAUUUUUAUUAAAUUAUUUACACUCAACAAUUUUAACAGACUAGCAAUAUCGCCUCACUUGAUCGUUCCGACUAGCUGUGCAUUCUUGUUUAGUACGCAAUUUAUUUCGCAACUAAUACCAGUGCAGAUGAUAAGUUCUUAUUUUCUUUCUUAAGCUUCGUUUUCAUAUAUUUGGCUCAGCAAUAGUCCAGUAGUCAUGUUUCCAACGCCGGCACAGUAGCGAUUGAGUUCGUUUGCGCGAGGACCUGCACUGUAAAGGGGUCGAUUAGAUCAUUGCCAACUUUAUUUAGGGAAAAAAAAUGGAUUAACGAAAACGAAGAGUCUAAGAAAAGUAAAUAAAAAGGUUAGGUUAAGAUUUGUGUAGGACAGAGCAAAGCGUCUGUCAUCAGUCGUUGAAAUUAUUCUAUGAUAAAUAUCUAAAGAUAAUAGCUGCUGCAAAAAUACAGAAAAAAACUACUAUGUUUAUUAAACGAACAGGAAGUGAAAACGAAUAAUGCAACCUUCGACUUUAAUCACAGUGGUAGUGUCAGCAAAACAAGAAAAUUAAAUAUAUCUUUAAAGAUAGAAA